CACCAAUCACAAGCCUGAAAUCAAAAUUUUCUUUAGAUACUGAUUCGACUCCCAGUUCUGACAGCUCCACACCCUGCCCAGAGGACUUAGAAGUGGGUCAGAUCUCGGCAGCAAUGCUAGGGCAAGACAGAAAUCAGGGAGAGGUACACAGAACCAUAAUAGAUACAAGUUUAAAUGGUAAUAAUAAAUCUGAAUCUGAAGUAUCUGUAGGUAAUGUGGUACAAAACUCUGUCAAGGCAGAAAAUCAAAGUUAUGAUUAUGUUCGAGAUAAGGCAGCGAGCGCGCCAAUCAUCAAGAAUGAAGUUCAAAAU